CCAACUAAAAUGAGGUGGCCGGCUGUGCCUCAAAAUCCGCAAAGACUAUUUUUCAAAUAUAAAAUCACACCAUUCCCUCCUCCGAGCACCUACCGCGAAACCUACCCGAUACGUUAUGGCCGCGAUCGCCGCCUCCACCGCCAACCGGAUAUUCAGAAAACCGAGCAUCAACUCCCUUUCCUCCUCAUCCAAGUACCCGUCUUCCUCUUCUCCAAUUUACGUCAGCUUUCUGCAACCGAGACACCGGAUUGGCUCGCAUAUGCUUGCGGCGUCGGCCGGGCAGGAGGUAUCGGUCGCUGCUGUGGCGCUGGAGGAAACGGGAAUGGGGACCUCCGCGCAGAGGCCAGAUUCUUUUGGCCGGUUUGGGAGGUUUGGGGGCAAGUAUGUGCCGGAGACCCUAAUGCACGCCCUGACGGAGCUCGAAUCUGCCUUCCGCUCAUUAUCCAGGGAUCGGGAGUUUCAGAAAGAAUUAGAUGGCAUUCUUCGAGAUUAUGUUGGACGGGAGAGCCCACUUUAUUUUGCAGAACGACUUACAGAGCAUUACAAAAAUUCUCAAGGAGAGGGGCCACAAAUUUUCCUGAAAAGGGAAGAUCUUAACCACACUGGUGCACACAAGAUCAACAAUGCUGUUGCACAAGCUUUGCUUGCAAAGCGUUUGGGGAGGAAACGAAUUAUUGCAGAAACUGGUGCUGGCCAGCAUGGUGUUGCAACUGCUACUGUAUGUGCAAGAUUUGGAUUGCAGUGCGUUAUCUACAUGGGCGCUCAGGACAUGGAAAGACAAUCACUAAAUGUCUUUCGCAUGCGCCUUCUGGGCGCCGAGGUGAGGGCCGUUCAUUCUGGGACAGCCACACUGAAAGAUGCCACUUCAGAAGCCAUCAGAGACUGGGUAACUAAUGUUGAGACCACCCACUAUAUUCUUGGAUCUGUUGCAGGUCCACAUCCAUAUCCAAUGAUGGUUAGAGAUUUCCAUGCUGUGAUUGGCAAGGAGACGAGGAGGCAAGCGAUGGAAAAAUGGGGUGGCAAGCCUGACGUACUCGUUGCUUGUGUUGGUGGUGGUUCAAAUGCUAUGGGUCUCUUUCAUGAAUUUGUUGAUGAUCAGGAUGUUAGGUUGAUUGGUGUUGAGGCUGCAGGAUUUGGUUUGGAAAGUGGAAAACAUGCAGCAACUUUGACAAAAGGAGAGGUAGGAGUUCUACAUGGUGCCAUGAGUUAUUUAUUACAAGAUGAUGAUGGACAAAUUGUUGAACCGCAUUCAAUCAGUGCUGGUUUGGAUUAUCCUGGUGUUGGGCCUGAGCAUAGUUUUUUGAAGGAUAUUGGGCGUGCUGAAUAUUACAGUGUGACAGAUGAUGAGGCAUUGGAAGCUUUCAAGCGACUAUCUCGUCUGGAGGGGAUCAUUCCAGCCCUGGAAACCUCACAUGCAUUGGCUUAUUUGGAAAAGCUCUGUCCAACUCUACCAGAUGGAACAAAGGUGGUUAUAAACUGUAGUGGCAGAGGAGACAAAGAUGUUCAAACUGCUCUGAAACUCCUACAAGUCUAAUUGCUCGCCAAACCCUCUGCCUUCACUUGACAAUAAGAAAGCAAAU